CUCUCUUCUCAUCUCUCUCAGUCGAUUAGUCCCUCUCAUCCGCUUCAGGCUCUUUUUGGCCGCCUCUCUUUCGAAACAGAGCCACUCAGCCAAAAUUCUUUGCAUUGAGUUUAGCAAAUCUGAUUUCUCUGCCAGAAAUUCUUACCUAUCGCUUUACUUACUUUUUCUGGGUUCUUCUAUCUCUCGUGUACAGUAUCUGUACAAAUAAUCAUAUUCUCACUUUUCUGCUAAACGGCCAGAUAUUAAUAUCCCAAGUUGUAGUGCUCGUUAAUUUCGCAUACUUUGUACAAUUUCAUAAGCUUUGAUGGCUGAUUUGGAAGCGAUUGAAGCUGAUAUCAGUUUAGACGGCAGUAAAUAAAGAGAAAGAGAGGAAAGGAGAAUAGCCAAAGGUCAGAUCAUUAACCUAAAAUAGCACUACCCGUCAAUCUAACUCUUUUCAGGUUCACUGGCAAAAAGAGAUUGGUCAUUUUUGAGUUUGGUGUAGUAGGUGCAGGUUGUGCAUGAAAUAUGUUGAAGCAAGUGCUGGGCAAGGUUUUGAACAAAGGGCAUUUUGCAAAUGGAGGAGACAAGCUUAGAACUUGCUUGUAUGUGUCCACUAGUAGCUUCCACAGUGGACAGGUUCAUUGUGCGCCAAGAAGCUUUUUUGGGGUGGAAGAUUUCAUUGAUGAUGACAACAGCAGGCCUUAUACUUACCAGAAAGAGAAAAAAUCGAAAAACCCCCACAAGCAUAUGUCAUUUAAGCAACGAACCAAAGCUUUCAUGGAGCCAUUUACACUAGAUGUAUUUAUCUCGAAGCGGUUUGUUUCUGCAUCACUCACCCACAGGGUAACAUCUAAGCAGGUUGCAGUUGCUGGUACUAACUCUAAAGACAUCAAAGCUGCACUAAAGUCUCGGUCAGAUAUUCCUGCAUGUUUGGCCAUUGGUCGCAUUUUAGCAGACAGAGCAAGAGAAGCUGAUGUUUAUACAGCUUCUUACACUCCAAGAGAGAGGGACAAGUUUGAAGGAAAGAUCAGAGCUGUGGUUCAGUCUCUCAUUGAUAACGGAAUCGAUGUCAAAGUUUAUCUUGAUUGAGUGAUUUUCCUAAGUUCUCAAAAAUUGAUCUUAUUUUACCAUUGGAAAAUAUGGUUUGUGGGUUUAGUUUUUGUAUACAAUUGCAGAAUUGCCAUAAUUUGAGAAUCAAGUUUGUGAAAUUCCUUCUUCUUUUUUUGUCCGAGGUUAGAAUCUGUGUUACUCAUUGCUACCUUAAGCUGAGAAGCAAGCCAGUCUUAAAUGAGAGGGGCUAUGUUGGGGUUUUGGACUCCUAACUUCUUGCACUA